AUGGGAGACCAGAGGCUGCUCAGUGAGAAGCAGAGCACAGGCAAAGGCGUGGAAAUGGGAGUGUGCAGUGGAGGGUCUGUCCCUAUCCCUCUCCCAGGUGAGGCCUUAAGAUGCGUCACCUGUGAGCAGCCCACGGCCCUUCUUUUGUGCAAGACCAUUACUAACUGCAAGCCGGAGGACACAGCGUGCAAGACCUCGCAGCUGACGGUGGAGUCAGAGUUCCCCUUCAACCACAGCCCCAUGGUGACCAGUUCCUGCUCCCGCUCCUGCGAGGCCGCUGACCCAGACAGCAUCGGGGCUGCCCACCCCAGCUAAAGCUGUUUCCAUGACCUCUGUAAUUCUAUGGGGGUUGCCAGGCUCAGUGCUGGGGCCCUAGUCCCUAGGGGGCCAUAA